AUGGCACCUUAUGAGGCACUGUACGAUCAUAAGUGUCGCACUCCUUCAUGUUGGACUGAGUUGGGCGAGCGAUGUGUUCUGGGUCCUGAGUUGGUCUCUGAGAUUGAGGAUAAGUUAGAGUUACCUUCAGAGUUGGACUAUAUUCAUGAUAUUUUUCACGUCUCGAUGUUGAGGCGCUACCACUCUGAUCCCAAGCAUGUUGUUUCUGUUGAGGACAUUGAGGUUAGGCCAGACUUGACCUUCGAGGAUGAGCCGAUCCAGAUUCUGGAAUGUGAUGUAAAGGUAUUUCGGAAAAAGUCUAUUCCCUUAGUGAAGGUUCUGUGGCGUAAUCAUAGCAUUGAGGAGGCCACGAAGGAGCCUGAGGAUGCGAUGCGUCAGCAAUAUCCUCAUUUAUUCUAA